CUAUUCAGAAGGUCUUAUUUGCCGCCAAAAGUUAAAAACAUGAAAUGAAACUUUAUAGCAGCUGGACAGUUAGUAAGGUCAUGCACCGCACUCCACAAUAAAUAACAAUAAUUUGAUACAUAAUGGAUCUGAUCAUUGCGUAAAACAAAUGCAUUUAAGAUCUCAAAUCCUCCUGGCAAGAAUUUAAAGAUCUCAAUCCCAUUAGAAAAGAAGUCAUCAAUAGAGCUAUUUGCCCUUUCUUAUUAAAAAAGAACCAACUAAGUUCCUCAGGGAAGAAAUAACGAGGAAAUUCAGAAGGAAAUAUGAUUGUCAAUAUAAUUAAAUUUUGAUAGACUAGAAAGAAUAAUUUUGAAAGAAAAGAUGUGGAUUCCCCGAAACUUCACCAAAGAACAAGUAAAACGCAUAGAUAUGCAAAAACACACAUGUAUAUAUAUAUGUAGUAUUGCUGAAGAGCAGAGGCUAUAAGAAGCUUGAACCCACAAAAGAUAGCAUAAACAGAAAGGUGAUUUACUGAAUGAAUCAAAUGCCUAACAAUACUCUUAUAAACGAUGUGCUUGUUGUCAUGGUGCCCUUUCCAGCACAAGGGCAUCUAAAUCAACUCCUCCACUUAUCUCGCCUCAUCUCCUCCUAUGAUAUUCCUGUCCAUUUUCUUGGGUAUGAAAAUCACAUUCGUCAAGCCAAGCAUAGGGUUCAUGGCUGGAAUAGUAUUACUACUUCCAACUAUAUCCAUUUCCAUGAAUUCCCAGCACCUAAAUUUCAUGUUUCUCCAAAUUCCAAGCAAAUGCCUACUACUACAACUGCUGCUGCUGCUUCAGCUGAAUCACGUUCAGAAAUUGUUACAAACCAAAUCCAUGCAUCUCUAGGGUUGUAUGAGCCUGUAAGCGUAAUUCUACAUGAACUCUCACGCAAAGCUAGAAGACUGAUAGUUGUGCAUGACGCACUAACAGCUUCAGCUGUUCAGGAUAUACGAUCUAUAUCCAAUACUGAGGCUUAUGUUUUCCACAGCACUUCUUCUUUUACUACUUUUGUCCAUACAGCCGGCAAGAAUCUUCCUCAACUCGUCCCAACUGAUUCUCAACUGCUUAAGCUUGACCUUUCAAUCCCUGACAAUUGUUUUUCCCCAGAUUUCGUGAGCUUUAUAGGAAAGCAGAUUGCAAGUUGCCAGAACCUCUUGUCCGGACAUAUCUAUGAUACAUGCAAGGACGUGGAAGGUGAAUUCUUUGAGUUAGUUAAGUUGCUUUUCCCUGAGAAAUUUCAAUGGGCUCUUGGUCCAUUAAAUCCAGUGGUAAUUCCCGAAAGAAACUCCUCCAAUGUUGAUCGUCAUAAGUGCCUGGAAUGGCUUGACAAGCAAGCCCCUAACUCUGUCAUAUUGGUUUCAUUUGGAACAUCAGUUUCAUUGUCAGAAGAACAAAUCAAAGAGCUCGCUAUUGGGUUGGAGCAGAGCCAACAUAAGUUCAUUUGGGUACUGAGAGCUGCAGAUAAAGAUAAUGAGAGUGAUUCAACAAGCAAAGACGAACGGAGAGUUUACCUGCCAAAAGGGUAUGAAGAGAUGGUGAAAACAAGAGGAAUUGUGGUUAGAGACUGGGCACCCCAAUUGGAGAUUCUGGGGCACUUGUCAAUAGGUGGAUUUCUAAGCCAUUGCGGAUGGAAUUCAUGCACAGAAAGCAUCAAUAUGGGAGUUCCAAUAGCAGCUUGGCCAAUGCACUCAGAUCAGCCAUGUAAUGCCUUUCUAAUUACUGAUGUGCUGAAAAUUGGUAUUAAAGUUGGAGAAUUCCGUCAACAUGAUUUGGUUACGUCUGCAACCAUUGAAAAAGUUGUAAAAACACUCAUGGCUUCUGAAGAAGGAAAUGAGAUGAGGCGGAGGGCCGCAGAAUUAGCCAACAGAGUUAGGCAGUCCGUCGUGGACGAGGAGGGUCUCACUCGCUUGGAGUUGAUCUCCUUUAUUGCUCACAUCACAAAAUAGUUACUGUAUUUCUUUAUUUUUCAAGAGUCAACCUCUUUUAACAAACCCUUUUUAAUCAAUCCUUUACUUAUACAAGGAAAAAAUUUGCAUUUCUGCAUUAUUCGAGAUGUGUCUUUUGAGUCAUACUAGAAUGUUCAUUACUUAUGGUUCAUGUAAUUAGGAGUUUAAGGGUUGAUGUAGUAGUAUAUAAAUGUGAGUCUGCUGGGUUGUUUUGCAAGAGUACAGUUAUUCAUAGUGUAAUUUCUGUGCUUU